UCCCUCCCUCAUUCGCUUUCUCUUUCUCUCUCUCUUCUCUUCGCUUCUUCAAAAUUCGAAUCCGAGAGAGCAAAUCUUUAUCUGAAGCAAAAACACAAACACGUUGCGUGCAUACAUACAUACACAACACAGCUAUGGCUGCUCUUGGAAAAGCACCCAACUCUAAUAGUUGGGCUACCUCUACAGCCCAAAUGCCUCACACUCUCCUCUCUUCCUCCUCUUCUUCUCUAGUGGAUCCUAUGGGCUUCCCAAAAAGGUCCAUCUCCUUGAGAAAAACACACCCCAAAGCAGCAACUCGCAGAACCACCAGCAUUCACUGUGCUUUACAAUCUCCCUCGGUUCUUCACUUCCCAAACCAACCUUAUAAUCAACCAAUUAUUACCAAGGAAGCCACUUCUCCAAAACCCAACAACAGCACCCGCCAUCAUCACCAACCUCCACAGUGGAAUUUACUACAGAAAGGGGCAGCCAUGGCCAUAGACAUGCUCGAAGGCGCCUUGGUCUCCCGCGAGCGCCAAAACCCACUUCCCAAAACCUCUGACCCACGAGUCCAAAUCGCCGGAAACUACGCUCCAGUGCCGGAGCAACCUGUCCGCCACUCCCUACCCAUAACCGGCACCAUCCCAGAAUGCAUUAACGGCGUCUACGUCCGUAACGGCGCCAACCCUUUAUUUGAGCCUGUCGCCGGCCACCACUUGUUCGACGGUGACGGCAUGGUGCACGCCGUCACCAUAGACUCCGGGUCGGCCAGUUACGCCUGCCGGUUCACCGAAACCCAGAGACUAGUCCAAGAACGCGAGUUCGGGCGACCCGUUUUCCCCAAGGCCAUCGGCGAGCUCCACGGACACUCCGGCAUCGCCCGCCUCCUCUUAUUUUACGCACGUGGGGUUUUAGGCCUCGUCGACAAAAACCACGGCACUGGCGUCGCGAACGCCGGUCUGGUCUAUCACAACGGCCGGCUGCUGGCCAUGUCGGAGGACGACUUGCCGUACCAGGUGCGAGUCAAGAAAUCCGGCGACCUCGAAACGGUCGGUCGUUACGAUUUCAACAGCCAGCUAGGGUCCACAAUGAUCGCCCACCCGAAGGUCGACCCGGAAUCCGGCUCCCUCUUCGCCCUCAGCUACGACGUCGUUCAGAAACCGUAUCUCAAGUACUUCCAAGUCUCUCCAGACGGCACAAAAUCCCCAGACGUCGAAAUCCCCCUAGCGGGGCCCACCAUGAUGCACGACUUUGCGAUCACAGAAAAUUACGUGGUAAUCCCGGACCAGCAGGUGGUGUUCAAGCUGCAGGAGAUGAUCACGGGAGGCUCCCCCGUGAUCUAUGACAAGGACAAGAUGUCGAGAUUCGGAAUUCUCAAGAAGAAUGCCAAAAACGCUGACGACCUGGUGUGGGUGGACUCCCCCGACACGUUCUGCUUCCACCUGUGGAACGCGUGGGAGGAGACCGAGUCAGACGAGGUUGUCGUGAUCGGGUCCUGCAUGACGCCGCCGGACUCCAUCUUCAACGAAUGCGACGAGAGCCUCAAGAGCGUGCUGUCCGAAAUCAGGCUCAAUUUGAAAACCGGCGAGUCGACACGGAGGGCGAUUCUGUCGGAAUCGGAGCAUGUGAAUUUGGAGGCGGGAAUGGUGAACCGGAACAGGCUCGGGAGGAAAACCCGGUUCGCGUACCUCGCAAUUGCGGAGCCGUGGCCGAAAGUGUCGGGCUUCGCGAAGGUGGAUGUUUCUACCGGAGAGGUAAAAAAAUUUAUAUACGGUGAUAAAAAGUACGGCGGCGAGCCGUUUUUUGUCCCGAAUACGGAAUUGGGUUCAUCGGAGGACGACGGGUACAUAAUGACUUUUGUGCACGAUGAAAAAACUUGGAAAUCGGAGCUCCAGAUUGUGAAUGCGGUAAAUUUGAAACUGGAAGCGACGGUGAAAUUACCAUCAAGGGUCCCGUACGGAUUUCAUGGGACGUUUAUAGAAUCAAAGGACUUGGCAAAUCAGGCAUAGCCUAGCCGACUGUUUAAUAGUGCUUGGUGGUUUUGCUGCUGUUAGUGGUGGCGGCGAAAAUAGGAAGGGAGAAAAUUACCAGAGGGAUGGUAGAGAGAGAAAUGGUCCCCGGGAUUUCUCCUGGAAUAUUUAAAACCCUAACAACUUUUUUGUUUUUGUUAGGCUGUAGCUUAGCUUGUAACGUUUUUUUUUUACAGUCUUCUUUGUUUUGGUGACUGUAACUUUUUUUGAUCGUCAUGAACCAGCUUGUAGCUUUUGGACUGUAGUUAGCUUUUGCGAGCUCAGCUGGUUUAUGUUUCUUUUUCUUUUUUUGGUCGAAGUUUAUGUUUCUUCUUCUUCUUCUUCUUCUUCUUUCAGUGUAAUAUUAUAUUAAUGGAGAAGAUCUCUCUCUCUCCUCUCUCCUCUCUCCUCUCUCCUCUCUCAGCUUUUGCUCUGUUGUAAAUGAGUAAGAAAUUUACAGUUUUACGUAA